AUCUUCACUGUGCUCCAAUCCAAAGGAAAACUUCUUUGGGGAAGAAAAAGGUGCAAUUGUGUGUGAAAUUGGAGAAAUAAUUGUGAUUUAGUGGAAAAGACAAUUCCUCAACCAUGUCAGACGAUUAUUUGAGUAAACCCUUGUCCUUUGACCCCGUGUCAGAAUCUCCAGCUGCAAGUAGCAGACAGAAGACAUCCUCACCCAUUUCACCGUAUCUCAACUAUGACCCGCGAUUCCUGCAGAGUGCACAGCCUGAAUUUAUCUUCCCGGAGGGUGCAUCAAAGCAACGGGGACGUUUUGAAUUGGCCUUCUCGCAAAUUGGAUCCUCCGUGAUGGUUGGGGCCACAAUUGGUGGUAUGGCGGGAUUAUACAAUGGAAUUAAGGCCACAAGUCUUGCCAAUCAAACUGGGAAACUCCGGAGAACACAACUCCUAAAUCACGUAAUGAAGCAAGGAUCCGCCACGGCAAAUACCUUGGGGACCAUUGCAGUGAUGUACUCGGGCUUUGGGGUGUUAAUGCAGUGGGCACGUGGGGAGGAUGAUGAGAUAAAUACCGUCUUGGCGGGUACAACAACGGGGCUGCUGUACAAAUCAACAGCUGGCCUGAGGAAAUGUGCCAUUGGGGGUGGAGUUGGUUUCACAUUGGCAGCCCUGUACUGUCUGUGGGGCAUCUCACAGGGUAGAUCAUCCAAAUUCAAUGACUACAAGCAAUUUAUGUAAUAAAAAUUCCGCACCAAAUAAAAUCUUAGCAAAAGUUAGUCAAGUA